AUGCGUAUCUCGUUUUCGUCCAUGGAAGAGCUACAGCUUGAAGAUGAUGGACGACGGGAGGCGUCGGCAUCAACUUUUAUGUCAUCGAGAUCAUCCGUGGUCAAUUAUGCAUGGAAAGCAAAAGAUAGUGUUUCUGAACUUGGGCCAGAUUCUCCCUGCCAUUCAGCUUUAGCGUUGCGAGCAGAUUUUAUGCCACCAGAGCACGAUCCUGCCUAUCUCAAAGCAGAAGAAGAUAUUAGGAAUGCUUACAGAGAACUCAACAAUGUAAUUGGAGAUCAUCCGCCACCUGCACCACCUGAACCACCGACAGGGUUUCCUUCAACAGGCGCUGAGGGCACAUUCGUCAAGAAACGGGUGAAAAAGAAGCGUCUCUCAGCAAGUGCACUGGCCCAAAGGAAGAAGGUGAAGCAAGCAGCCCGUUAUGAAUCCGCAUUACCAAGUAAUCGUUUACAUACACGACCGCAAAGCGCUGGUCGUCGACCAGAAACGCCUGGGCUGCCGGGGUUGACAGGGCUGCAGUAUGAUUUACAAGCCGUUACCAGGGUCCUUGCUCAGCAUAUACAUCCAGAACAAGAGCCUGCAGUUUAUGACAACACACAGAUAUAUACGCCACUAUUGGAAUCUCCGGAUUUGAGAAGAUCAUGGAGAUCUUCGUCCACCCUCCCGCUAUCGAGACCAACAUCAGCACGCGUAGGAGCACCCAAAAGUACGGCCACCACCAGACCUCAGUCGGCAAGGACUUCAGGCCAAACAUCUGGCAAGCCCACUCGACCGAGUACUGCCAGAUCAAAUCGGACGGGAUCUGCAAUCCGUCUCCACAAUGGCCCAAGGCGGCUUUCUGCAGGAAACGCGCUUCAGCGACGACUAGAGACUGAAUUAAUGGCACUUGCUCCUAACGCCGAACCCAGCCCCUUCACCGGGGGCCUUGUCACGAGUGCAAUGCCAGACUGGGUGAGGGCCUCCACACCUCCGCCUCCCAACGAAACAUUUAUAGAAGCUUUCCGAGAUCCGUACAGGGAGGUUGAUGACCACCUGGCGUCCAAAAUGCUUCUCGAAUGGUUUGAUGAUCCCGAGUUCGAGACGCAUACAACAGAGGAAUGGUUAGCUAUGGGUAGACAAAGCGGCCACAAGGGAACGCCAGCUUUCAGUCGCUAUUUUAGACACACGGAUACCGAAACCGAAUGGGAUUGGCUUGAAUGCCUGGUCCUCGACUAUGAUCGGGAAACACAACGCUACCUUAUCGAAUGGCUGCCAUCAGGCCCGCAAAAGUUUGUCAAACGCCUCAAUCUUGUCUUUAAAGAAGAGAAUCGCGAAUUAUUUUACAAGCGAAUCGAGAGUGCCAUCAGGGCACGAUCCCUGGCAGCAGAGGAAGCAGCGUACCUCGAAUCCAUUGAUAGAGAGGAUAACAGCGUGGUUUGUCCUCUUCCACGUUCCUUCAAACGGUCUAUUCUCAAAAGGCUCGGCUGCUCAAUCAGCUCGAACCAAUUGAAAAUGGUGGAUGCAACUAUGGAGCAAGUUGAACGGGAUUUCUUGUUCAGCAUGAAACGCGCUACUAGGGAAUUCUCCCACGGGCCUUUUGCGCAUGUACUCCAGCAAUCAACAGCAAGAUCGGAGCGCUUUGCCGAGCUUGCCAUGAUGCGGUCGGGGACAAGCGCAGAUGACCCCCAAGGACACAUUUUUGCACAGGUCGCGAUUGCCACUCGGGAUCUGUCCACGUACAUGUUCAGCGCCAAUGCCAAUGUACAGAAAACUAUAGUGGAGAUUCUGGCUGCUUUGCGAGAGGUCCUACCAGUGAAUGAAUCAUUUUAUCGAAAAGACUUUGGAUUUCCGUCUUUAUUUGCAACCUUUUGUGAACGUGCCGAGACUCAUGUUGACCUUGUCGUCGCUCGUCUUACCAACGAGUGGACAAGAAAGAUUUGUAAUGUCAUGGAGGCCAUGUUGGGCGAUUUCUUCAAUUUUAGAGAAACAAAUGAAGCCGUGUACAAUUCCAGUCGUCUCAAGAAUUUUUUGCGACUCGUAAAUACCAUUAUGGAAUCACAACUGAGGAGUCUGUUACUGGACAGUUUCAAGACGUUUUUAUCUCUUUUUAAUGUGAAUGUCACAUAUCGGAAUGCUUCAGAAGAAGAAAAACGUAAAUACACCAUCAAGUCGCCAUUUAAUACCCCUGGUAUUCCGAUACCUCUGUUAUUCAUUCUCAAUGUCACGGCACACACGGGAGAUGGCACCCUUGUACCUCCUUCGCGGCAGGUGGAUGGGUUUGCAGUCGGACGCCAGGCGGGCGUCGUGUUGGAUCACUCUUUGUCCGUGGUGGAAGAAGCACUCAAAGCGGUUUAUUUGAUGCCCGCGACAAAAACCAUCAAAGCAAUUCCUCAUAUCGAGGUGGUUGCGAUGUACGCUUUGUACUCUGACGUCUCUACAAACUGGCUACACACAUCUUUACGGAACGAACUCAUCAUAGAUGAUGGGAUGGCGUUGAUGAUGGAAAUCUUGCAACAAGCUUAUGCAGAAAUCGAUAAAGUCGUUGCAGGCUACAAAGAAUACGAAUUCCUGCUACAAGAAACACUAGAUGAAGGAGUUUGGGACGAACUGACAAUUGAUCUAAACGACUUGGAGGAUUACCUCCAACGAUUCUACAAUGCGUCCAAAAAGAUUGACAGCAUUUCACCCGCACAGAUCGAGAUACCCCCGUUCCUCCUCAACUGUACGAUGAUCAAGAAACUCUACCAACAUUGUACUCAGACGGUUCUGGAGAACCUCAAACAACGCAUUUUGACGCGUUUGGUAGAGAGUUGCAGUUUUUUGGCAACGGCCUAUAGUGAUCUAUAUGGACAAGUCUUGAAUGAUCCGGGACAAGAUGCUAUCCAAUGGCAAAUGCUCAAGACAGCAGUUGACACGUGCAUGGAGCAGAUUGGGCACUACGAUGAGCAGUUGGACGAAUUGAAAGCGAUAUGGCAACUGAUGUACGAUUACGAAAUGCCGUUGGAUGAGGAGAUUAACGAUCUGUACUGGACAACAUGUGCAUGGCCAGUCAAAGUGGCUGAUGAACUGGACCGGGCUUCGGAACGGUUGACCAAUGCUCGAGCACGGAUUAUGAGCCAGAUCGAGAUUGACAAGGAGUUUGUCAUUAACUCUGUUCAAGCUUACCGAGAAGAAGUCCAAACGUACCUUGCAUCCGCGGAUAAUAUUGAGCGGUACAGCGAUAUGGUCAAUCGCGUUCACUACCUUCGCGAACGCAUUGACCGGGUGAAAUCUCUGGGAGAGGCUAUUCCAUUGCAAGAACAACGAAUUGGACUACCAGUGACCUCCCUUAUCGAACUUAAGACGUUAGAGAAUGACUUCCAGCCAUACGAGGAACUAUGGAAGCUAGUGGGUGGUGUUCGGGACCGUUUGGCAGAGUGGCUGGACUCGUAUUUUGCGGAUUUGGAUGCACAGACGAUGUUGGAGAAUGUCGGAAGUUGGAAGAGUACUUUGAAAAAACUGUCUCCUGUUUUCCUGGAUGCACCAAAACCCCAGAGUAUUACCAUGAGCAUUGAAGCCGAAAUCCUGGAUUUCGAUCGGUAUAUUACUAUUAUUACAUCGCUGCGUAACCCGGCCCUACGUGACAAGCACUGGAUGGAAAUGUCCAAAAUUGUUGGUAUUACGCUGCGGGAUAUAGCGGGGUUGAAACUCCGGCAAGUGCUAGAGCUUGACUUGGAAUUGGUCCAGGAUAUAUUAGCAGAGAUUAGCAGGGAAGCCAGUUCUGAGUGGGAAUUUGAGCAUGAGCUGGAUGUGAUGCGCACAGAGCUGUCUUCCCGGAAAUUUGUCGCUGUCCAGUAUGUUACGCCAGAGUAUUACCUUAUCGAGAAUUUUGGGGAGGCCAUGUCGGUUUUUGAAGACCUUUUGAUACGCUCAGAAAGCCUGGCGCGAAGAGCGUACGUUGAAGUCCUCCGCACGAAAAUCGACGGAUGGAUGAAACGACUCUGCAAAUGCCAAGAAACCCUCCAAGAAUGGCAGAACUUGCAAAUGAUCUUUGCAAAGCUGUACCCGGUUCUUCGCCUCUCUGGUGAAAUAUCGGCUCUCACUCGUGACCAAAUAGAAAACUUUAUUGCCAUCACAAAACUGAUGAGCAUUCUUUCGGAUGUGGUCACCAAGAACAGGAAAUUCAGCACGGUUCUUCUUCGGAGUGAUCUACAUGAUAUGAUUGCCGGUGGACUGGCAAGAGUGGACAUUGUCAUGAAGGGCAUCAUAAAACUCAUUGAAGCAAAACGGGAAAAGUUCCCGCGGUUUUGGUUUUUGACCAACGAUCAGGUGUUGGAGAUGGUGUCCUGUUUACCGGAUGUCCGAGCUUUGAAUCCCCUUUUGGGCAGGUGUUUUGAUGGAAUAUCGCAGUUGGUGUUGGGCCAAGUUGAAAGAGAGGCUGCAUCUCUAUAUCCUACCGUAAUUGAAUUUGAUAGUGGAAUUCCUGAAGAUGUUGCUGGUGGUUCAGACCAUGAUAUUGCGGUUGAUCGGUCAAGGGAGGCUAGUUACCUAUCAGCUGGUGCAGGACCAGAAAUCAAAAUAGGGGAGACGCUGACCUCCAUUCCGAGUUUUUACACGAAGUUAUCCUCAUCCUUCUCCAUUGGGUCACGGAGACGAACGAUGCAGCGUGUACAAGAACCCGAAGUUCACGUCCCAAGAAACCUCAAGUAUGUUUUGAGCGAGUCGAUGGGUAUCGAGAUUCUGGGUGUUGAGAGCUUUGAAGGGGAGCAGUUGAUGCUUCGGACACCAAUUUCAGUGACGACUAAAGUCGAGGACUGGUUAGCAGAGCUGCAAGAUGGUUUACGGGACAACCUCCGCAAACAGAUUGCAUUGGCGUUGGACAAUUCGUCCGAAACAAUUCCUCUUGCCUCAUGGCUUCAGUCAUACCCGCUCCAAGUAAUCCUGGUCGCCGCCAACAUCAAAUGGAGCACAUAUCUCAAAACAUGUAUAUCCCAAGGAACGGAUUCUGCUAUCAAAGAAUUUCGCAAGAGCUUGUGCAAGGAGCUCGAUGACAUUAUUGGACUGUUGAAGCAUAAUACACCGCCUCUUACUCGCCAAGUAAUCGAAACCCUCAUCCUUGCCCUGUCUUACGUGAUUGAAACGACAAAUGGAGAUUUACCCAACCUCACUGCACCGGACUGGAUCAGUCGUCUCCGAUAUGAGAUGAGCGAGGAUGGGAUUGUGAACGUCCACAUGAUGCAUCAUACAGUCAAAUACGGGUACGAGUACAAUGGAACAUCGCCGAGGCUGGUUAUCACACCGGGUAUCAACCGAUCCAUGGCACAGAUCAUGACCUUGCUUCGGUACGCUGCUAGUCCUGUGCUCACGGGUUCGGGUCUACAACGUGAGACUCUAUGCGAGUUGUCAAAGGCCGUCGGUGUACGAUGCGUUUUGGUAGAGUGCGCAGCAGAAUGGGUUCCUGGUAUUCUCUCCCGGAUUAUAUCGGGGAUGCUGAGUACGGGGUGCUGGCUCUGUUUGGAACAUCUUGAUCGACUUGCUGAGGAGGAUCUGUCAGUAACUGCGCACCAUAUCGGAACGGUGUAUCGAAACUUUGGUAUGGCUUCCAAAGCACGGCGCUUCAAGUUUGCCUAUGAUGGAAGAGAGUUUGAUGUACAUGAUACUACAGCUGUUUUUGUCACAUAUGGGGACGGGCUGAUUGCGCGUGGAUUCCAGCGUGCUUCUAUCCUUGCCAAGAAGAUAGUUGCCGUUUUUAAGAGUCUUGGAGGGAUAUUCCCCACCUCCAAUGAGUAUGAUUUUUCGGUUAAGAAAGCGGCGGCUGUUGUGCACGCUGCCGGGACGCUUCUGGUGAGAAAGGGGUACGAGGUUGCGAAGGAGGUUUCGACUAUUGUGGAGGCGCUGAAUAUGGUCGUGGGACCACAAUUGCGAAAGAGGGAUACGUCGCUUCUACAGGAUGUCGUUCGGGAAGUCUUUGGCGAAGAUCCGAAAGGCAUAUCCAUGAUAAGGAUAGAGCAAGCUGUCCAGAAAGCAGGAUUGGAGCUCGGAAUACCCAUAUCAGACUACCUCCUCCAAAAAUCUAUCCAGUUAUACGAAUCUCUCACACAUUUCCAAACUAUUUUCAUUGUCGGCGAUGCUAUGUCUGGCAAAUCGACGCUGAUCCACCUUCUCCACCAUGCCUUGGAUUCGUUGGACAAGGACUCUAUCGUAAAGUCAUUACAAGUCUAUGACUGUCAUGCUGGAGCCAUGGACGAAAAACAAUUGGGCGGAUACUAUGAUGAAGCCACCAGUCAGUUCAUUCAAGGCGUGCUCCCCACCAUUGUAUCCAAGGCCAACGAGCAUGCAAUGACGGUGGAAAGAAACCAGGAAGAGGACGACAGAUCUGAAAAUCUUGUCGGAUCAUCGUGGAUUGUAAUGGACGGUGACGUACCCGCCCAUGCAAUGGAACGAGUGGGUGAGCUAGAGAGAGAUAAAACCGUUUUCUCAUCCAUAUCAACCGCAAUGCAUCUCGGCAAGUCUGUCAGAAUUCUACAUGAAGCAACGUCUCUUAAACACGUAUCGCCCGGAAUCGUCUCCCAAAGCGCCAUCAUACACAUGAACGGGGAUCAAAUCUCGAUGGACCAUAUUCUCCAAACUGAGCUCAAAGAUCUCCGACCACAUCUAGAGACCCACUACAGUUUUAUUCAAGCCAUGCAGCGUCACAUUGGAAACGCCAUACUGGAUUUCAUAUCCUCUACAACCACGCUCUUGGCCUCCAAGCGGAUUCUGGUCGCCCAGGCUUGGCGUAUAUUUGCUUCAGUCUUUGAUGAGUUGACCGUGGACGGUUUUGGGCGGUUCACGGUGUCGGAAAAGCUUGCAUGGAUCGUAGCAAGCUAUAUUACGGGAAUAUUGUGGUCUGUUGGGUGUUUUCCGGAUAUGAAGACGAGACGAAAAUUGGAUGCGUUUAUCAAGACGCAGGUACUGACGACGGCUCUUACCGAGCUGCGCGAAGAGGCUAAAUUAGACGACGGGUGCUUCAAGGUCGUGGUGGAGGUUCCUACAGAUGGGACCGUGUACGAUUAUUACUUUGAUGCACGGCUCUUGCGCUGGAAGCCUUGGAAAACACUCCCCAAUGAGCAGGAUCUUGCUGUGACUGUACCGCCCGGUCUGGAAGGGGCAGUCGCAACGGACGACAUUAUCCGAGUUUCCUAUUUCAUGCGACUAUUGACCAAUCGAGGACAUCGGGUGAUGGUGGUUGGUGCGCCGGGAACAGGAAAAUCUACUGCUGUGCGAUGCGGGUUGAAUGAGGAGAACUUGGAAGGAUAUAAUGGUGUACCAGUCUUGGUAUCCCUGGUGAGUGAAACGCGAGCUAAGGAUCUGAAAGCACAGUUGGAGAAGAGGUUGAUACAGAAACGCCGGGGAACGAUCGGAUGCGUGGCUGGGAAGAGGCUAUAUGCAUUUAUAGACGAUGUUGGGUAUGAGAAUGACGGUGCUGAUUCUGUGUUGGAGUUCUGGAGGACGUGGAUGGAGCGGGGAGGUUGGUAUGGUGGCCAGAAUGGGACAGACUGGGUGACAGUUGAAGGGCUGUCGAUCGUUUCUGCCAUGAACUUAAAUCCAGGGACAAGCACAAGGAUUUCCCCGCGAUAUCUUCGUCACUUUGUUCCUAUUGCCGUUCACGACGAUUUUUGCGCCAAGUUAGAAGAAAUGACCGGCAAUCUUUUAACGGAUUCAUUGGUGAACAUUAUGGGUCCCGCGCAGGAUGGAUUCCAUGUAUCACUCCUAAAGGCGACCCAGGAACUCUUUACAACCGUUCAAACCCUCUUUCUCCCCACCCCCGUUACACCGCAAUACAGAUUCAACCUUCGGGACGCUUUGAGCGUCCUGCGCGCUGUGGCAAAUCAAGCAGAGACAGAAACUCUGACUACUGCUAUCGUGCAUAUGUGGGGACAUGCGUGCCAUCGGGUGAUGCGUGAUCGCUUAGUGGAAGAGGAUGCAAAAAAGCGUUUCGACGGCGCAUUUAAAGAGGGUAUUGAGAAAUGGUUUGAUGGCAUCGCCUAUCGCGAUGUGUUUGCAGAGGAUGAUCCAACGAUUUAUAUGCCGAGUCAUACGGGGUGGAGGGGAACGUUAACGCAGCUGAGAAAGUCCUGGAAACCCAUUGAGAGCAUCUACGAGUUUAGUCAGCGACUCUGUUUUGAUUUGCCAAGUUUGGGGGAUACCAGUCCAGAAGACGUUCGCUCCAUCAUGCAUGUUGAUGGUGUCGGAACCGCGCUACGGAUCUGUCAUGGGUUACGUGAGGGACAUGUCGUCCUCUGUGGGUAUCAUCAUGGGGACCGGUUCCUGCUGACCCAACUUGCAGCUUGGAUGGCGGGGAUGGUGGCGAUUGAGCACCGGUAUCCAAUGCAAAUAAACGAAACGCUGGCAUCCGUCUUCAAAACUGCAAUUCAACAAGACCAGUCUAUUGUACUCUAUCUAGAAUGGAAUGAAACUAUUGCAACGUCAUCUGAACUCUGCUCGGUCCUGAAAUGGGGAUAUUCGGACCACAUCUUCGAAACCGUUCUUAAAGGAAAUAUACUGGAAGGUUUUAAGGAGCGGUUAAAACGUGGACGUGACUCGGCACCAGUGACAGACGACACUGUUUACCAUCGCUUUGUCUCUUACAUCUGCUCCAAAAUCCACAUUAUCCUUUCCAUUCCUCAAGAUCACCCAAACAACGAAGGCACAUUUGUACGUACGAUGGUCAAGUACCCCAUUCCCUUUGCCAUGAGUACUCUGCAAUGGAUCCCGCCUCACAGCAACGAAACCCUCCAAUAUAAAUUCAAGCCCAUUACACAACUCCCCAUUGCAAAACACCACCUCGACCUGCUCCCAGGACUGUUUUCAAAAAUCCACAAUGAAGCUCCUGUACCAGUUUAUUCCACACCCAUCCUACACAACACAUCCCUUUAUACUGCCGUGCGUAUCUUUGUGAGGUUGUACACGGAAAAGCAUGCGGUAUGCAUGGAAGAAGUCGACGGGGUGCAAACGACGUUGGAGAAAUCCGCUUGGGGAAUGAGUGUUGUGAAGGGAUUGGAGGAGGGGCAUCAAAUGUGGAAAAAGACGUUCGAGGAGACCACGAGGCGGACAAGGGAGUAUUUGAAGGAUAUGGAGGAUGAGAGGGAAGCGUUGGAUAAGGCCAAGGCGGAUAUCAACAAGGAAACAGACGGACUGGAUAAACUCGUCACAGAGUGGACGGACCUCAAAGCCGCUUAUGGUCGACAAAUUGAAAAAGUCUUGCCAGCCUUGUCGGCUGCCCAGAAAGCUGUGGAAGCUAUAUCCCGAAACGAGCUUUACGAGAUUAAAUCCAUGAUCAAUCCCCCACGGCCCGUUCAAACCCUCUUUGAAGCCCUCUUGAUUCUCUUUCGAUUUGACCUCCGUCCCAAUGAAACGCUGUGGGAGGCCUCCCGUCGCUUCCUUUCAGACCGAUUCACAUCCCAUAUAGCGGCAUUCGACCCAGAAAGCGUCUCAACACCACACAUGUUGCGAGUUGAAGAGUGCAUAUCGCAGCCAGAAUUUCAUAUUGCAGAUUUAAAUCGGAUUUCGAGAGCAGUGGGGAUUUUGGCGGGGUGGGUUAUUGCAGUGCAAAAGUAUCAUACAAUGAUGGUAUCGCUCGCUCCGCUAAAGAAGGAGGUGCAAGGCCUUGGGGUGCGAGUGGACGAAAAGAAGGCCUUCGUGGCAAUGGCGACGGGACGUGUCAGUGAUAUGGAAACGCGAUUGAGCACCAUGCGAUGCGAGUUUGAUCGGCGGAUACGCGAAAAGGAGGAAGUUUUGGCCAAGUUUCGGGAGGCGGAAGCGAGGCAAAAGGAAUCAAUGAGGAUAAAGGAGGCGUUGGAAUUUUGUAAGGGGGUUUGGGAAGGGGAGGUGAAGGGGUUGGCUGAGAAGCAAAGGGUGCUGCUUGGGGAGACGUUGUUGGCAGCCUGGAUGAUAGCAUACUUGGGGGGCCACGACCUCCAAACCCGACAGUCACAUCUCACACACUGGAAAAGCCACCUCCAAUUAUCAAAUAUCCCAAUUACGACCUUUUCGCUUUCAAGUUACCUUUCCGACGGGCGUAUACACGAAAUGUGUCUUACCGCGCGUGCAUAUCUGGAUGAGAGUACUUUCGAUGCAUUGUUUAUCAGCAAGUACACGGAAGCAUUUCCAUUGUUGUUUGAUCCGCUGGAUCGUGUAUGGCCUCCCUUGCAAAUGGUGGAAAGAACCGUUGAUGUCGUGCGGGACGGAAAGCAGCUGGUACGCGCAAUGCGAAAAGGGAUGUCUGUUAUUGUUGAAGACGGCCCUGAUAUCGAACGAGUGGUUUGGGAUGGGUUUGGAAGAUUCGGAAUGGGCUUUGAGACGGUUGUCCAAGGGGAAAAGGUGAUCGUUGAUCCCGGGUUUCGAAUGUACGUGUUGAUGCAUCGGAACAUGGGCAUCGACGCGGAGUGGCAAAAGUAUUUGGCGCAUAUUGACGUGUCGGUUUGCACGGAUGGAAUAUACGCGCAACUCUUGGACGCUAUCCUCCAAAAAGAGGAUCCACGCUUGUUUGACAAGAGAAAUGAGCUCAAUACAGAGUUCCUGGCGAAUAAGCACAAAUUAUCGACCCUAUCCAAGCGAGGCCGUGAGUUUUUGGUCCAGUUUUCGGAAGCAGACAUUUGGGGAGGGAACUUGUACGCUUCCUUAGUGGGUGUUCACGAGCAAAGUAUGGCAAUCCUGCAAACAGGCAAAUCGCUCCGCCAGCUGGAACGGGAUCUACGAACGCACUUAGAAUGGUAUGAGAGUAUAGCGCGGUUUGGUGCCACUUUAUGUCAUGUCGUCAUCAAGAUGGGACGAGUCAAGCCGUGGUGGUUGAUGCGUAUGGAAACGAUUAUUGAGUCCUGUGUGAGGGGGUUGGGAUCCAUACCAGAGGGGAAUGCAAUGCGACUUGCCGAAGCGAAACGCGCGUGUGUGGGUGAAAUGCUGCGGUUGGUGAAAGGGCUUGAGAGAGGGGAGAGGGUACUGGUAGGGUUUUUGAUGGCCGUGAGCACAGAGGGUAUACACCUCCCGGAUGCUUAUCGGUACUUUAUAAUCAACAACCGUGCUCCGCCGACACAUAAAUCUCACGAGGAGAUACCCAAUCCGUCACCGAUCUGGCUCGCACCCCAAAAAUGGAACCAAAUCCAGUCAUUGUCGAAACUUCCUCCUUUUGAUGCCGAAAAGUUUAGUUUGGAUUUUGUUCGGUUUGCGAAUUUGGCAACUACACCAGAAUUUGAGUCAAGCUGGGAGGCAGUAUAUAGAGCACAUGAGCCGUGGACGGCGAAAUUUCCGCACAAGUGGGCGAAAUUGGGGAUCGUGGAGCGGUUGCUGGUGCUAAAGUGUUUGAGACCAGAUGCAGUGUGGAAGGUCAUGGAGGAAAUUGUUGGGCGAGUGUUUGGAGAUGUGGUGGAUGUUGAGCCUGGUGUUGUUGCAGAGGUUGUCGAAGCGUCUAUUGCCUAUAGGCCGAUACUCUAUGUGAACGUAGGUUGCGAGGAGGAUCCCAUGGCUCUUGUGAGGGCUGUGGCGAGCCGAAAGGGAAUGAGUAGCUCUUGCUUCUUUGUGGCGGUUGGGAGAGGUGUGGAUGUCGAAGGGAUUGUCGAGGAAGCUAUCGCGAAGGGCCGAUGGGUAGUGCUAUUGAAUGCAAACCUCUUGGACGGACGGACCUUGCAAGUCCUUGGAAACCGGUUCCAAAAUAUGACCGACAAGACUGUCCAUGCUAAUUUCCGAUUAUGGAUCUGUGUCGAUUCCACUACGGCCCUUUCUCACUGGUAUUACCUCCACUCGUUGACCUUGAUCUCCAAUCCCACACAUCUUCCCCGACGGCUCCUCGAAUCCCUCUCAGCCAUCGCAGACCAUCUCAACCCGUUUGAAUUUAAGGCAACCCCGGCAUAUCGAACAGCGCUCUUUCAUCUUGCCCUCUUUCACACUGUGAUGCCGAUGCGGUACCGAUUUGGAGGAUUUAACCAAGAGUAUAUGUUCCUUUUACCAGAUUUGAGUGUCGCUGUUCAAGUCCUUCGUACUGUCUUUGCGUCCAAGAGUGGUGGAAAGAGGGUUUUACAUGCGGUGGGUGAGAUGGUUUAUGCGGCACGAGCGGAGGAUAAUGUUGAUCGAAGGGCAUUGAUGGCAUUGCUUGGGGACGUUAUUGCUAGCGGAUGGGAAGAGGCUUGGGUCAAUGUCGUGGAUGAGGCAAUCCAAAAGGGGGACGUGGGUCCGGGCUUAUUAAGAACCGUUCAAAGUGAGGACAUCGUGCCGGAAAUGGUGGGAUUGAAAUCGAAUGCCAUGGUGCAUUUAAAUGACGGAAUAUCAAGCAAUCUGCUCGAGACACUUUGUUGUGCCUAUCCAGAGGUUUUGGAUGUGCCAAUGACACGAUUCUCGAGCCUUGUGGCAAUGGUACUCGACAGCCUCACGCAGUUUGUAUCCCGAUUGAAUGCUGCGACAGUUGGAACACUACUAGAUCCUUCGACGCCUAUGCCAAACCUGCCUCCCAAAUCCACUGAAAAAUACCUAGACAAACUCUUGGUAGAUAACAUGGUCCAAUACCGUGGAAUGAUCCUCUCCCUCUGUGCCGAUGUUACCUCCCUCGUGGCCCAACUCUCUGGACACACGCCCAUUACUCACCGUACGAUCAACUUUGUCAUGCUUUUGAACGACAACCAUCUCCCAGACGAAUGGAAAACAGGGCCAUAUUAUGAGUUUUUUGGAGGGCUUGAAAGGUGGAUGGAGGAUCUCUUUGAACGAAUCAAGUACAUUAAGGGGUGGUGGUUUAUCCGCUACGAGAGUCAUGACCAUCCUUUGCGUAAUUUAGUGCUACAUGAUAUGAGCAAGGUGUUUUCUCCACGGGCGUUUAUAAAUGCCAUCAUGCUUGACCACACCCUAUAUCACGAGACACCGACCGAGCUCGAAGCUACCAUCCUAUCCUCUAAGCAAACUUCACCUCCCGAUACCGGCUGCUUUGUCUCGGGGUUGGUGUUGGUAGGUGGGGGGUGGGACAAGAGUAAAGGGGGAUUGAAAGAAGGCCGGGAUGGGGAUGUGGGGAUGAACGUUGGUUGUCUUUGGAUUACCCCCAUCCAAAAAUCAUCCGCCAAGCGUGCUCACCGAUAUAAGUGUCCCAUCUACCUAUCACGUCCCAUGGGUUUCAUCGCGAUGGUAGAAAUGCCUAGUCAAGUAUCUUCCAAAACAUGGAUAAAAUGCAACGUGCAUUUCCAGUGUACGGCGAUAUGAACGUAGAAAAGUGAACAUACAAUCAAAGUGUGUUGGGACACUUUUCCUGGGAGCUGAAAAUACCUCUAUUUGUCAAGAUGCGACUAUCCAUACUAUGCUUUGCUGCUGUUUUCUCUACCUCUACCUAAACCAAGCUGUGCUACCAACAAUCACUGACUACACUACGCUACAGCGACCUAAACGAUACCUCAAUAAUACAACGCUAAAUGUGCCAUACGUCGACACGCCCGUUUAUCCGUAAACAAAUCACCAGCACCGAGGAGUUUACGAAGUUCCGCGAGUUGCGUCUUGUUCUUCUCGUCUCUCUACAAAGCCAACCAUUAACCAAAGCCAGUCAAAAUCACGAGAACGACAAUGAGCUUUUCAUAUACUUUAAGGAUUUUAUCUGACUUGUAAAUCCGGAACCUAUCAUCAUUGAACACAUGUCGGCCGAUUGCAUAAUUGAUAUCAUAUGUACCUAAUAAAACAAUCAACAUCUGAAUCAUUACAUACAAAAUGACAGGGACAUACCAGGGCCAGGAACCAUUGUGAAAGUCUUCAAAAAAAAUAUAAAUAAUGACAUAUGCAAAC